CCGUUCCCUUUUUCCAGACACCGAACCCCACGAGAUCACAGGACGAAGAAGUAGCGAAUGGCUUCUUCUCCUCGUCUCUUCUUCUCCCCCAAACCCUCUCCUCUCCUCCUUCACCACCACCGCCGCCACCUCAAUCGGCUCCCCGGCCUCUCUUCCCGGUGUCGCCGCCGCUUCCUCGACUCUUUCGCUGCCCGCGCCACCAAGAACGGCGAACCCGCCGACCCCCCGGACCGCAUCCUGGCCGCCGCCUGCUAUCUCUACCCCUUCCUCGACGGCGUCCACUACGGGCGCUUCGUGCUGACCCAGUUCCCUGCCUUGCAGCUUGUCCUCCAGCCGUUUGUACCCGCGAUCCACCUCUUCCGCUCCUCCCCUCUCACCCCCUCCCUCCUCUUCUUCACCCUCUACUUCGCCGUCGUUCGCAAUCCAUCCAGAUUCGGCCGCUUCGUCCGUUUCAACACCAUGCAGGCCAUCGUCCUCGACGUCCUCCUCAUAUUCCCCGAUCUCCUCGAGCGGACCUUCAACCCCAAUGGCGGGAUCGGGCUGGAGCUCCUCCAGAGCCUCCACAGCACCGUCUUCCUGUUCCUGCUCGCGUCGUUCGUCUACGGCUCCACGGCAUGCCUCCUGGGGCAGGUUCCGCGGUUGCCACUCGUCGCCGAGGCCGCCGAGAGACGGGUCAUGUGAUGCCAUGUGAUAUGAUACUUCAAAACUGUGCAGCAUUUGAAAUCAGAUUGCUUCCACUCAAGUUGUGAAGAAGAAAAGAAAAUUCAAGCUGAUGCAUUUAAAUGCCAAAGGUAAAGGUCUGUCCAUAAGAAUAUUUCCUAACCCAAAGGGACACUGAGUUACAACUCAUUGUAUGUUACAGCAAGAAUCAUUUAGCAGAAAAAUGCAAAGAGACUCCGCAUGUGAGUGGAAGCCUGAAAAAUAGAGCAGCUUCACAAUUUGUAAUGGAAGCCUCCAUGGAAGAGACAUGACACAAGUGAGAUACUGCACAACAGUUCUCAUCAGCCUCAAUGAGAUUCCUGAAUACACAAUAUACAAUAAUCUGAAGAGCUCAACCUCAGGACAAAAUAUAAAGUCAUGACCGAGAAACUGGUAUUAGCUGUUCUCGGCUUUGCGUCUUUUAGAUGAUUGAAAAAUGGAUGCAGGAUCUUUCUGUUCCUGCAAAAGAAAAAUAAAAAGGGGGAUAGUAUCAGUAUUGAAGUCAACUUGAAGAUUACAAGGUUUACAGUAAUAAGUCGAAAGUAUUUUGGGAUGGUAGAAUGGUUGAUUUCAGCUGACUACAGUUGAUAUGCCAACAUAAGUGGAAUGGAGAUCAUUUGUUGUUUAAGAACUGGAGUAGAGAUGUUAAUAUCUUGGAACAGAAGAGUCCUCAUCACCUUAAUAGUGGCUGUGGCUGCAGGUCUUUUUGCACGCUUGCCAAGAUUGAUCUGCACAGAUAUGCUGGCUCUAGACAGAUCUACACCAGAGCUUUGCAAUGCCUGGGUCAGUGUAUUCAGCAACCUGUUGGAGAAAAUUACCGGAUCAAAGAACAAUCAAAUAUCAAACAAUUGCUCAUAAGAUCAAAGGCAAAUCCAGAGAAAAACAAAAAAGACUUGUGGUUGAAGUCUCGAAGGAUAUAAUGUGCAAAGGAAGGAUUUGUAGAUACGCUAACACAUACCCAUGGGAGUAGGCAGCGGACACACUAAUGGUUCCCUCAUCGAGGGCCAGCUCCUCUGGUUCAUUCAACAUAUCCCUGCAUGAUCUUACUGACCAUGGAGAUUGAUCAUGGAUUGCCAUGUUACUUGCAAACCUGGUGGCAGCUUCUGUUGUCUUGCAAGAAUUACCAGCAGGCACAUCUGUUGCUGGUGAGCCAACCAUUGUCGAUGGCAUGUUGCUGGUGAGCUUUUCAGAUAAUAUUUGUGCAGGAGCAGCAGAAUCAUUUCUUAUGAUUUGAGAAGCAUUUUCUGAGGCUGGGUUCUUCUUCUGCUGUAAACAUUCGGAAGAGAAGAAAACCAACAUGGUGAGGAAGAAGACACAAGGAAUGAGAGCUAAUUAGAAAGGCAGACUUGUACAUGACAUGUAGAUUGAGCUUAGUGAUUCUACCCAAGGCAUUAACUUGAUCUCAUCCUGAUUCCAUCCCGGGUAAGAUGACUCGUAAUUCUGUGCCUUCUCUUGCAGGAAGCGGAUGUAUUCAAUAACCUGAUGGAAAUUUCACCAACAAAAUCUCAAAAGGACACCAUCAUAGAAAGAAGAGACACAAUUGUACGAUACACUGAUACCUCCAGAAGGAAUGAUGCUUUAUCUCUCUUUUGAUCACUGUGAGGUAUGAGCUCCCUUAGUAUCUGAAAUCUGCACAACAGUUUUGUAUUCCAUCAUAGACUGUUAAAUUAACUCUACUUAUUGGUUAUAGCA